CGUGACAAAACUCAGUGGGGAUUACAGAUUCCGCAACGUUUUAUAAACUUUAAGCCCACACAGCGACGGUGCAGUGUCUAUAACCAUAGAACAAUAUAAUAUGGUCUUACUAUAACCAUACAAUUGUCAACGUUCACGUCACACACGAUAUUAGAAAAUCAUCCAAGUGAGUGUUUUGAGGCUGACAAAACAGCCAAGCAGCUCAGCGAGCAGCAGCAGCAGACAGCAGUUACGAUCCAUCUACCUACCUUAACUCUACACGGCAUUCUUUGUUGGAGAAAACGCACCAUUUUAAUUAAUUACACAUUGUUUUAAGAUAGUUUAACCUCACAUUUUUUUUAAAAAAUGAUGCAGGUAUAUUGUUGGUUAUCCCUCUUAUUUGUGUUCAUUUGUAAUAUAAUAAUUGGUGAUACCUACGUACAUUUCUCAACUGAGUGUCCUAGGCAUAUUUAUCAAAAACAGGAUUAUAACCAUACAUUACGGAUACCCGAAACAAGAAUCUCUUCCAGUAUUUUCGUAGACAAUCUUUAUCACAUCAACAAAUACGGUCACGUUAAUUUUGUUUGCUAUCGUUAUAUGGGUUAUAAUAGUUUACCACGUCCAGUAAAUCCUAAAAAAGUACAACAGGAGGUACGUGACUCGUGCGUCGAUUGUGACGCCGGACACUUAAUUCCUCAUCUGCAUGGUGGAACUCCAAACGCUCGUAAUUAUUUUUCUCAAAAUAGUCACCUAAACAAAGGAUUCUGGAAAGAGGUCGAAAGCUCACUUGAACACAAACCAAGAGAAAAUACAGUUGUCACAAUACAGUUGUUAUACAAUUAUAAUACAAAAUCGAAUGUAUAUAAUUUACUCCAUUAUCCUCCACCAACUCAUAUACAGGCUGUCAUAAUGCAUGAUAGUGGAAAUCCAAAUAAUCAAAACCCGUUUAUUCACGAAUGCAUGAAUAUUCGGAACGAAGCAAAUCAUCACUUUGAUGGCAACAUACUUAUUAAUAAAACUCUCGAAAAUAUUCCUCUUAAUAUUAAGGCUCGCUGUAUCAAAUAAUUUUAACCAUUUCAAAAACUUGAACUUAUAAAUGGAGUUCAGUGUUUCUUUUCUUUCUUUAUUUCACCCAAACCAAUUGAAAUUUACAAAAUAAUACAUAAUUUCGUUUUCUAUAUGAUUUACUAAAAAAAAAAAACAACAUAUACUUUGAUACUUAUAAC